AUGGAAUUGGUGGCAGAUCUAAGCACUGCAAAAUUCAUGCAGGCAUUUCGUCGCUUUGUUUCACGCCGGGGCCUGUGUUCCGAUGUUUAUAUCGACAACGGUAAAAAUUUCGUCGGUGCGGCAAAUGAGCUACAUCGCCUCAUGCGAUCUGAGGAAUCCAAGCAGACCAUGGCUAUCGAGUGCUCCAGCAAUGGCAUAAGAUGGCAUUUUAAUCCACCGAAAGGUUCUCAUUUUGGUGGCCUAUGGGAGGCUGCUAUCCGGUCUGCCCAGAAACACUUUGUGCGGGUUCUCGGUGAACAUAAAUUGGCAUACGACGACAUGCAAACCCUCCUGGCACAAAUCGAGUGUUGCUUAAACUCGCGCUCACUCAUCAAGUUGACGGACGGUCCGUCGGACAUCCAGACUCUUACACCCGGUCACUUUUGA